CGUUUGCGGCUCUGUGUGUGCUCUGUGUGUUUGUCUGGCUCGGAGGGCUGGGCCCUUCUUGUUCACAGGUGAGUCACGCCCUGAAACACAGGCUCUCUUCCUGUCAGGACUGAGUCAGGUAGAAGAGUCGAUAAAACCACCUGAUUACGGAAAAGGACUGCACAGCAGGGCGCAGAGGAGAACUCCCCGCAGCCGCCAGAGCGCCGGCAGGACCCUGCACAGGCGGCCGGCCAUGCCCGUGCUCUGGCUGAGCUGCCUCUGCCUCUCGUUCCUCCUUCCUGCAGCCGGGGCCACCUCCAGGAGGGAAGUCUGUGAUUGCAAUGGGAAGUCCAACCAGUGCAUCUUUGAGGAGGAGCUUCACUGGAGGACAGGCAAUGGGCUCCGAUGCCUCAACUGCAAGGACAACACUGAUGGUCUGCACUGUGAGAGGUGCAGGGAGGGCUUUUACUGGCACCAAGACAGAGAUCACUGCCUGCCCUGCAACUGUCACUCCAAAGGUUCUCUCAGUCCUCAGUGUGACAACUCUGGACGGUGCAGCUGUAAGCCAGGUGUGACAGGAGACAAGUGUGACCAGUGUCUGCCAGGCUUCCACAUGCUCACUGAUGCUGGAUGCACCCAAGACCAAAGACGACUAGCCUUCAAGUGUGACUGUGACCCAGCUGGCCUUGCUGGGCCCUGUGACUCCGGCCACUGUGUGUGCAAACCAGCUGUCACUGGAGAGCGCUGUGACAGGUGUCGACCUGGUUACUAUCAUCUGGAUGCAGGAAAUCCUGAGGGUUGCACCCAGUGUUUUUGCUAUGGACAUUCAGCCAGCUGCCGCAGCUCUACGGACUACAGUGUCCAUAAGAUCACCUCUACCUUCCAGCGAGAUGUUGAUGGCUGGAAGGCUGUGCAAAGAAAUGGGUCCUCUGCAAAGCUCCAUUGGUCACAGCGUUACAGGAACGUGUAUACCUCAGCCCGAAGAGACCCUGUCUUUUUUGUAGCUCCUGCCAGAUUCCUUGGGAAUCAGCAGGUGAGCUAUGGGCAAAGCCUGUCUUUUGACUAUCGUGUGGACAGGGGAGGCAGACACUCAUCUGCUCACGAUGUAAUCCUGGAAGGUGCUGGUCUACAGAUCACAGCCCCAUUGAUUCCACGUGGGAAGAUACUGCCCUGUGGAAUCACCAAGACUUACACAUUCAGAUUAAAUGAACAUCCAAGCAGUACCUGGAGCCCCCAGCUGAGUUAUUUUGAGUAUCGAAGGUUACUUCGGAACCUCACAGCCCUUCGGAUUCGAGCUACGUACGGAGAGUACAGUACUGGAUAUAUUGACAAUGUGACCCUGAUUUCGGCCCGUCCUGUCUCUGGAGCCCCAGCACCCUGGGUUGAACAUUGUAUAUGUCCUGUUGGGUACAAGGGGCAGUUUUGCCAGGAUUGUGCUUCUGGCUACAAAAGAGAUUCAGCAAGACUGGGGCCUUUUGGCACUUGUAUUCCAUGUAACUGCCAAGGGGGAGGGGCCUGUGAUCCAGACACAGGAGAUUGUUAUUCAGGGGAUGAAAACCCUGAAAUUGAGUGUGCCGACUGUCCCAUUGGUUUCUACAAUGAUCCACACGACCCCCGCAGCUGCAAGCCAUGCCCCUGUCACAAUGGGUUCAGCUGCUCAGUGAUGCCAGAGACAGAGGAGGUGGUAUGCAACAACUGCCCCACUGGGGUCACUGGUGCACGCUGUGAGCUCUGUGCUGAUGGCUACUUUGGGGACCCCUUUGGGGAACGUGGCCCAGUGAGGCCUUGUCAGCCCUGUCAAUGCAACAACAAUGUGGACCCCAGUGCCUCCGGGAACUGUGAUGGGCUGACAGGCAGGUGUUUGAAGUGUAUCCACAACACAGCGGGUUUCAAUUGUGACCAGUGCAAAGCAGGCUACUUUGGAGACCCAUUGGCUCCCAGUCGAGCCAACAAGUGUCAAGCUUGCAACUGCAACCCUGUGGGUUCACAGUCUGGAGAGUGUCGAAGUGAUGGCAGCUGUGUUUGCAAGCCAGGAUUUGGUGGCCUCAACUGUGAGCACGGAGCAUUAUCCAACUGUCCAGCUUGCUAUGGUCAAGUGAACACUCAGAUGGCUCAGUUUAUGGAGCAGCUUCAGGGCCUAGAGGCCCUGAUUUCUAAAGCACAGGGUGGUGGCGGCCUAAUACCCAAUUCAGAGCUGGAAGGCAGGCUGCAGCAGGCUGAACAGGCCCUUCAGGACAUUCUGAGAGAAGCCCAGAUUUCAGAAGAUGCUAGUAGAUCCCUCAGUCUCCAGUUGGCCAAGGCAAGGAGCCAAGAGAACAGCUACCAGAACCGCCUUGGUGACCUCAAGAAGACUGUGGAAAGGGUUCAGGCCCUGGGGAGUCAGUAUCAGAACCGAGUUCAGGAUACUCGCAGGCUUAUCACACAGAUGCGCCUGAGCCUGGCAGAAAAUGAAGCUGCCCUGAGAAACUCGGACAUUCCUCCCUCUGACCAGUAUGUGGGACCAAAUGGCUUUAAAAGUCUGGCUCAGGAGGCCAUGAGGCUGGCAGACAGCCAUGUUGAGUCAGCCAGUAACAUGGAGCAACUGGUAAAGAAAACUGAGGAUUAUUCCAAACAAGCAUUAUUACUGGCCGGCAAGGCUCUGAGUGAAGCUGUUGGUAGCGAAAUCACUGACAACCAUGCAAUACAAGGACUUAUGGGAAAAUUGGAGAAAACCAAGUCCCUGGCCCAGCAGUUGACAAGGGAAGCCACUCAGACUGACACAGAAGCAGAUAAGUCUUAUCAGCAUAGUCUCCGCCUUCUGGAUUCAGUAUCUCAGCUCCAGGGAGUCAAUGAUCAGACGUUUCAGGUAGAAGCAAAGAGGAUUCAAAAGAAAGCUGAUUCUCUUUCAAGCCUGGUGACCAGGCAUACAGAUGAGUUCAAGCUCGUGCGAAGCAAUCUGGGAAACUGGGGAAAAGAAACCCAGCAGCUCUUACAGGAUGGAAAGAAAGAGAGACAGAAAUCAGAUCAGCUGCUUUCCCGUGCCAGCCUUGCUAAAAGCAGAGCCCAAGAAGCACUAAGUAUGGGCAAUGCCACUUUUUAUGAAGUUGAGAACAUCCUGAAGAACCUCAGAGAGUUUGACCUACAGGUAGAAGACAGAAAAGCAGAAGCUGAAGAGGCCAUGAAGAGACUCUCCUACAUCAGUCAGAAGGUUGCAGAUGCCAGUGAUAAGAUGGAGCAAGCCGAAGGGUCUCUGGGGAGUGCUGCUGCCGAUGCCCAGCGGGCAAAGAAUGCAGCAAGGGAGGCUCUGGAGAUCAGUGGCAAAAUAGAACAGGAGAUAGGGAGUCUGAACUUGGAAGCCAAUGUGACAGCAGAUGGGGCCUUGGCCAUGGAAAAGGGACUGGCCACUCUAAAGAGUGAGAUGAGGGAGGUGGAAGGAGAACUGGCCAGGAAGGAGCUGGAGUUUGACACAGACAUGGACACAAUGCAGAUGGUGAUUACAGAAGCCCGGAGAGUUGAUACAAGAGCCAAGAAUGCAGGUGUUACUAUUCAAGACACGCUCAAGUCAUUGGACAGCAUCCUACACCUAACAGACCAGCCUGGCAGUGUGGAUGAAGAGAGACUGGCCUUACUGGAGCAGGAGCUUUUCCAAACUAAGACCCGGAUUAACAGCCAGCUGCGGCCCUUGAUGUCAGAGCUGGAGGAGAGGGCACGUCGACAGAGGGGCCACCUCCACUUCCUGGAGAUGAGCAUAGAUGGGAUUCUGGCUGAUGUGAAGAACCUGGAGAACAUCAGGGACAACCUCCCCCCGGGCUGCUAUAAUACACAGACUCUGGAGCAGCAGUGAAGCUGAACUGAGGUUCUUGGGAUCCAGACUUCAGGGCUAAGGGAGCCAUCGCAUUUGGGUGGGGUGGGAUGGGGACAUUAGAACAUGUUUGAUGGAUGUGUUCAGGUCAGCUGAGCCUGACCCCACCACCGUGGCCCCCGGGAUGUCUUAUUGCACCAGUUUGGUAAUGUUUGCUUCCUGCUUCUGCUGAGCAAUGAGGCAGAUGACCCUGGGCGUGAGACUGAUGGAGGACCUGGGCACCCAGAGCAGACUGGUUGGAAGGAAAAACUGCACAGACAGACAUUUGCCCCAGAACAGUCAGAAACAGAGUUCUGGAACCUGGACAAGUGAUGCUGGGUCAUAGUCAUCUUAUUCUUUGAGUAAUGUGACUAAAGGAAACAUGUUUUACUUCUCCCAGGCAUUAAAAAUUCUUCCUAAUGUCAGAACAGAGUGACGUCCAAUUACAAUGUGGCCAGUAAAAUCUUGUUGCUUCCUGUUGUCCACUGUAGGGUUCUUUAUGACCAGAGUUCCUCCCACUCACUACCCAGUACAUAAGCAUGUGCUCCACUUGCAAGCUAGCAGAAGUGAGCAGGGAUGGACUGAGGGCCGGGAAAUAUGGCCAGGUCCAUUGGGAGUAGUGGUGCCAGCUGGUGAUGGCCACAUUCAUACUUCAGGCCUGGGAGUGACAUCCUUUCUCAUAAUGAUGGCAUGGCAUCCUGGAGACAGUAUUUUUGUUAAAGCAUUUUUUUUUUUUUUUUUACCAUCAAAUCAAAUCAAACACUGGAAAGGUAUUUACUUUUGGGUUUCAAAGUGAUAGGGAAAAAUGUCACUUGGGCAUUGAAAAAGGUGAAAUUAUCAAAAAGAUUCGUUAGUCCUAAUUCAAUCCCACUUUUAAAACAUUGAAAAUUAUAUCUUAUCCUCUCUUCCUGUAGCAGAAAAUGUCCUUAGUCACACUUGAGCUAGGUAGAAUCCAUCCUUCCAUCCAUAUUUCCAACAUAUAUUUAUUGAGUCUGUAUUGUGUGCCAGGGCAGGCAGUACAGAAGUGACAUAUUUCCCCUUAUGUAGUUGACUGUUUGGUGAGGAAGACAAACAUUAAAAAUAUAAUAAAUGUAAACUUAACAAGUUUUGUUCACCAUAAGUGAUAUUUAUUCCAAUUACCCCUUGGUUUGCAACCUCUUUUCUCAACAGAACAUGUGUUGCAAGACAUUCCCAUGAGGGCACUUGAGUCAGGAGAAAGCUGAGAUAGCUCUGGAUUUUGCACACUUCUCUGCAUUCCAGCCGUCCCUCUGCCCUUGCCACAAUGGAUUGCAGCAGACUGUUGAGUCAUGGUAACCAGUGGGAAUUGCUGAAGGAACCAGAGGCACUUACUUUCACCUUAGCUCAGAACUUUCUUCUUGCCUCACUUUAUUUCCUUGGCUUUUUAUGGACAUGUUUUUAAAUAAAGAACAAUUGUUAGA